AAGGCAAGAGAUAAAUUCUCUUCGGCCAUCUCGGUAUCACCUUGAAAAUUGGAAUCGUUUCCAACUUUAGCUCCUAAAUUCUCUCCCUCAGUUUCCACAUUUUCAUCAUUUUCCGUCAUUUUAGCUAAUAAAUCAAAUCGAGAUCCACUCCGAAUCUUCUCCCGAUCCACAUCGCCGGUAAUCUGCUUGGUCCGAUUAGAUUUCCUCGGCGGUCGUUUGACCACCAUCCAGGCACCAAAUUUUUCCUGAGGCUCUGGUGCAACCUGGACUUCCUUGACAGAUUCAGGUUCCUUGGUAGAAGCAGAAGUCAUAUCUUGCUCGCGAUUUGCGGGACAAUCCCCCUUCAAGUGACCAUAUUUACCACAUCCAAAGCAAAUCAACGGCAAUGACUCAUACUCGAUGUCAUAGGCCACCCCAUUCACCCACACACGGGACUUCAGAUUUUUGCUCAAAUUUACGGUAACAGCCAGUCUAGCAAAUCUUCCCCUCGUCGCUGAACCUGUAUUAUAAUCAAUCUUCACCACUUCCCCAAUCAUUUCCCCUAUUACUCGGACUAGUGGUGUCUUAUAUAAUGCCCCUGGUACCCCUCGGAGUCGAAUCCAUACCACCAAACUUGUCGGUGUCGGCGCGAAAACUCGCUGCUUUUCUUUGGGAGGUUGAUGGAAUACAUUCGCCUACACUGAAAAUGGAAAAUUCGGAGGGUGAAAAAACUGCAAACAAGAGGAUUUUUGAGUCAUCUAAAUUGACCACUGUUUAUGAGGGGAUACUGCCUCCUGCUAAACUUUGCAGCUGUAGAACAAGACAAUCAUCUGGUUGCCAAAAGCCACUGCGAGCUAGUAGUAAUCCUAGAAAUUCUACUUCCAUGGAACACGUUGAUGGAAAGCAAAAUCAUGUUCAUGUGCUGAAGAAUGAUCUCAAGGAUGUAUACAAGGGUCUGGCUGCUUCUAUGCAGCUGCUUGAUGUAUUGUGUCGCGUUGGGGGUCUUGAGCAGCCCGAGAGUAUAAGCUCUACGCUCGUCUCAGCUCUGGGGUCUGAACUUGACCGCUCAUGUCAUCGAGUGAGUAAUCUAAUCCAUGGGCAGACUAAGACGGAGAGUAAUGUUAUUGAUGACGUGUUGAAGCAUGCCAAAAAUGGCAUUCACCAUGCUGUUCCAUACCCAGUUGGAGAACUCGAGGCAGAGAAGAAACUAAGGCGUAGAAUUGAGAAACUGAACCAGAAAACUGAGGCGGAAUUAGUAGAGACAAGGGCAUCUCUUGCAAGGACGGCCAAGGAGCUAGAGAGCGAGAAGAAGGCACGAAGAAAGGUGGAGCAAGUGUGUGAGGAGCUGGCACGAGGCUUAUGGGACCUCAAGAGGCAAUUUUCCAAAGUCAGGGAAGAAGUGGAGAAAGAGAGGGAGAUGUUCCAUUUGGCCGAUUUGCUACGCGAAGAGAGAGUGCAGAUGAAGCUCUCUGAUGCUAUGUGUCUGUAUGAAGAGAAGAAUGCACUUGUUGACGAGUUGAGGAAUGAGGUUGAGGCCUAUUUAGAAGACACAAAGUGUGCGAAAGAAGGGAAUGGCUCUCCUAGACAGGACAAGAGAGACGAGCUCGAGAAAAUGUUAAAGGAAACGUUUCAGGGCUUACAAAAAAGUCAAGCUAAAGAAAAAGGUGCAGCUGUGAAUCAAGAUGAAGAGGACUCAGAUGAUAGUGAUCUCCACUCCUUCGAACUAAGUAUGGGGGAAAUCAGCAAGAGCUUGAUAUGGGGUGAUGCUGUAAAAAACGGAUCAAAAAGGAACUUCGUUGAUACAACAAGUAAAGGGAGAAUAUCCAAGAAACAACCAUUCACUCAAAACCAUAAACUGCAGGUGUCAUUGUUAUCUGAAUGCAGCACAAAAUGA